AUGAUGAAACAGAUUAUUGACUUGGCCACGGAAGGGAUUUUCGAUUAUAUGAUUAUCGAGGCUUCGGGAGUGUCGGAACCGGCGCAGAUCGCGCAGCUCUUUGCCGAAGUUUGUAAUCAGGAGCAUGAUCACGAACAAGAGCACGAUGCUGUACUAUUGGGAGAAUUGGCCCGAUUGGAUACCUGUAUCGAGUAUGCAAAUGUCAUUUUACUGAACAAAACCGAUCUCGUCCUCCCACAUCAAUUGAAAACCAUUCGACAACGCGUCAAACUCCUCAAUCCAAAAGCCAAGAAGCAGACGGUGGUGCCACCAUCCUGUUGCAACAAAAGCCAAGCGGCAGGCAAAGCUCCCUGUUGCGGUUCCAAUCGUCAAGACAGCAGCAGCACUGGAAAGUCACAAAUCAUCCUUGGCAGUAGCAUCGACAAUACGCGGGAAUCUAAGACCAAGCGCCCCAAGACGACGACUCGUCACGAAGCACGUUUUGGGGUAUCCUCCUUUCUCUACUUGUCCCGGUUGCCCUUUCAUCCAAAAAACGAUGGCAUGACCAAUUCAUUGAAAAGUACUUUUAUCAUGCCGCCUGAAGAUGACGAAGAUGCUGAGGACGAAGAGUUUGACGAUGAGGAGGACGAAGGCGAACAAAGGAUGGACGUGGACGAUGAGAAGGACAAUGCUCCCACGACGACAGAACAACCCGCCAUCGACGAAGCGACGAAGAAGACAAAAGAAGAACGCGCACAAGAGUUGCAAGAAGAACUCGAAGAAAGAUUGAAGAGAUACAGCCAAGCGGGGAGCAUGGUGACGAUUGAAGAUGGUGUGGUGUGGGAUGUCCUACAAAAAGGAGCCUGGGAUGGAGGAGAUCCGACAAAGAAGGAAGGCUUGCGCAAGAACUGGCAGGCCCCGUACGGCGAUCGAAGACAAGAGUUGGUGUUUAUUGGGGUGGGUUGCAAGAUCCAAAAGGUCCUCGAUGGCUGCCUCAUGACAGAGGACGAGUAUGACAUGGGCGUGGACGGCUGGAAGGCAACAAUGGGAGAUGCACUCUUGAGUGACCGGUAG